CUCCUGACCAACGCAAUACCCUCUACCCUUGUGAGCCAAGGUCUUUGUCAGGAUCUAGCCUGCAUGGGAACUCACCGACAAUAUUGGCAUGCCAUGUCAUGCUCUUUCUACUACUGGUCUCCCUUAACUCUUCAGCGGACAUCAUCUGAGGCAUCUGGGCGGACCAUCUGACAGCCGGUCAACACCCUCGUCCUUCGACAAUCACUGUUGUGCUGUUUCUGACUGCUCUAUAUUCUUCCUUCUUUUCCGCCAACCUGGGUGCUGGCAUCUGUGGCCGGUCUACUGAUUAUUGCCCAACAUGGCGACGGCUACGGUCACCGAGUUCAUCACCCAAACUGUCAAUGCGACGAGUGCGACGAGUACCAGCACCAACAGAGCAACACCUCAAGGGGGUAUCUUUGAGCACGUCAAUCCGACGGUUUACGAUCCCAAAAACCCCAUUAUCCUGUUCAUCAUCCAGGCCGCUAUUGUUAUCAUCCUCACCCGGAUCAUUCACUUUCCGCUGGCUUACCUUCGCCAGCCCCGAGUCAUCGCGGAAGUCCUCACUGGAAUCAUAUUGGGUCCUUCAAUCAUGGGCAGAAUACCUGGCUUCACCCAGCACAUCUUUCCCACCUCUUCAAUGCCUGCAUUCUCCCUGGCAGCAAACUUGGGCUUGGUUCUGUUCCUGUUCCUCGUCGGACUGGAGGUCGACCUGCGCUUUCUUGCCAGCAACUGGCGAAUCGCCUUGGGCGUCGGAGCUGCCGGCAUGGCUCUUCCUUUUGGCCUCGGCUGUGGGAUUGCAUAUGGCUUGUACCACGAGUUUCGAGACGAUCCUAGCCUUGCUCGUAUCAGCUUUGGUGUCUAUAUGCUUUUCAUCGGUGUGGCUAUGGCAAUUACCGCCUUUCCCGUCCUUUGCCGUAUCUUGACCUCACUGAAAUUACUCAGCACUCCUGUUGGGGUUAUCGUCCUCUCGGCUGGUGUAGGCAACGACGUAGUCGGCUGGAUCCUCCUCGCUCUAUGCGUCGCUCUUGUCAAUUCUGGCGCUGGUCUCACCGCGCUCUGGAUCCUCUUGGUGGGGGUCGGCUAUUCUCUGUUCAUCGUCUUUGCCGUCAGACCGUGCUUCAUGUAUAUGCUGAGAAGGACUGGCAGUCUCGCUAAUGGCCCGACACAGACUGUGGUUGCGGUGACCGUCCUACUCGUCUUGGCUUCAUCGUUCUUCACCGGUAUCAUCGGCAUCCAUCCUAUCUUUGGCGCUUUCAUGAUCGGUCUCAUGGCUCCUCACGAAGGAGGCUUCGCGGUCAAAUUGACUGAAAAACUGGAAGAUCUCGUCAGUGUUCUCUUCCUACCUCUGUACUUCGCCCUAUCUGGACUAAGCACCAACUUGGGCCUUCUCAACACCGGGAUAACAUGGGCCUACGUCGUUGGAGUAUGUGCCGUCGCGUGGUUUGGAAAGAUCAUUGGCGGCACUCUGGCAUCGCGAUUAAGCGGGCUAGUCUGGCGGGAAUCAUUCACGAUCGGCUGUCUCAUGUCAUGCAAGGGCUUGGUAGAAUUGAUCGUGCUGAACAUUGGAUUGCAAGCGAAGAUCCUCAGUCAACGUACAUUCACCAUCUUCGUCGUCAUGGCGCUGCUUACCACCUUCGCUACGACGCCGUUGACAGUCUGGCUGUAUCCACCAUGGUACCAGCGCAAACUUGAGCUCUGGAAACAAGGCAAGAUAGACUGGGACGGUAACCCAAUUCCCCAUGACGACGAUGCGGACGAGGACCACGAAGCCGAGAUCCUCAGCCAAACGGACGUCGCAAGACGAGUCCUAGUGUAUCUCCGGCUCGAUGGUCUCCCCAGCCUGUUCACCAUGGUGUCCAUGUUCGCACACCAGCAUGACGAGCUAUGCAUACAACAUCGCAGACCCACAACGAACGAUAACCAGCCGCAGCAGACCAUCAUGAACGACGGGGAAGCCUUGGCCUCGGUCGCUACGAUGCGCCGACCGUCGCAGAUCCACGCUUUGCGCCUGAUGGAGUUGACAGAGAGAGACUCCAGCGUGAUGCGCGUUUCCGAGAUCGAAGAAUUUGCUGGUCGCGAUCCUGUCAUCAAAGCAUUCGGGACGUUUGGCCAGUCCCGGGCGCUCGCCGUGGCUGGACAAAUCGCCGUUGUGCCCGAGCAUUCGUUCGCUGGCACUCUGAUGUCGCGCGCCCGAGAGCUCAGGUCCGACCUCGUGUUGAUUCCUUGGUCGGAGACGGGUACCAUGUCCGAAUACCCAGGUCUCUUCGACACGAAGCCCGGCGACCCGCUGGCCAAUCGUGCUUUUGCAAGCCUGACGAGUGAACUGUUCGACAAGGCCCAAGAGACCUGUCACGUUGGUGUCGUGCUCGAUAAGACCGUGCUGUGCAGACCUGACCCGGCUCAUUUUGAGUCAACGUCGCCAACCGCCGAGCGGCCGACUCGCCAGCUGAGUCGCACGAUGACGGGGAUCAGCAUGAUUGAUCAGGCCAACUCAACAGUUCACUUCAACCAGGUGCAUGGCGACACAGGCCGGUAUAGACUGCUUGUUGUGUACGAAGGCAUGGGUCAGGAUGAUCUGUUCGCAGUUCGCUUCGGGCUGCAGCUCGCAAAGAACACGAUGGUUGAUUUGAAGGUACUUGUCGUGCCAACUGCUCACGGUAAUGGCGACGAGUUUGAGAUAUCCAGGAAAGGCGGAAACAAGACCAAACAGAAUGUGGGUGAUGAAUUUGAGAUGCUGCGCUCGAGCGUUCCCGAUGUCACCGCCGACAGAGUAAGCUUCGUCGAUCUUGCUGCCGGCAUUUCAAGCCUCGACGCCGUCACGACAGCCAUCGCCGAGCCCAGUGCCGCCGAGACGGUCGUUCUUCUAGGUCGAAAUGCAAACGCGCGGACGCCCAUGCUGGCUGCGGCAUCGAGUAGCCGUGAGGAGUCGCGCGCCUUGGGAUCACUGGCCACGAGCUUGGUCAACGUCAUCAGCGAAAGGACGUUGAGCGCUGGGCUGCUGGUCAUGCAGGCGAAGCGAGAUGUCGAGGAUUCCGCAGCUGUUGGGGUUGCGGGAGGAAAAGCAGUGCAGCAGCUGACGAGGAAGGCUAGUACGAUGAGCGAUGACUAGGCGUCAUGCAACGUCAUGUCUUGCUUGUGGUAUAUGUUGACCCAAAGCCGCAAACGCAGGAAAAUUAAGACUAUUCUCACGUGUCAAUGGUCCGAUGCGGAGCUUGAGCAUGCUAUUCAUCAUCAUUCUUACGUGGCUGGUCAUAAUUGAAGAGGAGCAACAAGCACUUGAUCUGCGUUGUGCUUGAUCCCAACGGAAAAUCCUAUGGCAUGCGGGAUGAUCGCGGUGUCCUCGACAACAACGUUGCCAAUAUUCCACGGUGUGGCUCCGGCGUGCGAAGCCAGGGCACGUAUUAGAUCUUCUGGACAUUACCUCUUACACUUUUACACAUCACUACCGAGCAUCAGCCACGGGUCUUACUGCUAAGCGUUCACGUAUAGCUCCUUGCAUCGGAAAAAUACUGUGCAUUCAGAAGCAUCCUCACAGGAGGGUCGUUCUAUCCAAUUGAGUGGAUAAAGAAGAAGCAAACAGAGAAAGGAAGCGUCGUUCUUGGGUAACCUUCAAUUGCCAUUGCGGUAGAUAUUAUCCAGCAUCUGUUUCGAUGGAAACCUCCUAUGCCUCGCUAACGCGAAUCCGGCUCCAAGCAGAACAAGCAAUCCGUCCAACGGAUGAACAAUCAAUGUCUGAAAAGACAGUACUAUUAUGACACGCAAUGUCACAAGUAUAUAUAAUAAAUAGGCUGCACAAUUAGCAAAUCGCCUAGACCGAUC